UUUUAUUAUAUACAUUUUUUGUGCGUUUUUUGUUAAUAUUAUACCGCGUUGUUUGUUUCUGUUUGUUUUUAUUAUUUAAAUAUAUAUUAUCUCAAACCUACAAAUAAGACAUUCACUAGUUUGUUUUUCAAUGUUCGUCUGUUUUACAAACGUUUCUCGCUGCACGGUUACGAAAAUAUGACGGUUACCAAUUACGGCAUGAUGAGGCCCUGUUUUACCGGAUACCCAUUUCAAGGCCAGGGCCGGGUUAACCAGUUAGGCGGCGUGUUUAUCAACGGCCGGCCUUUGCCCAACCACAUCCGGCUGAAGAUCGUCGAGAUGGCCGCGGCUGGCGUGCGACCAUGCGUCAUAUCCAGACAGUUGCGGGUGUCACACGGAUGCGUGUCAAAGAUCCUGAAUCGCUACCAGGAGACAGGCAGUAUCCGGCCGGGCGUGAUCGGCGGCAGCAAGCCUAGAGUGGCCACGCCGGAUGUGGAGCGUCGCAUCGAGGAGUAUAAGACGGAAAAUCCCGGAAUUUUCAGCUGGGAAAUACGUGACAGAAAUGACAAUGAGCCCGCCCAAUAUCACGAUAAUAAAAGAUUGAUUAGAGAAGGAUUGUGUGACCGAGGAAGCGCCCCGUCUAUCAGCGCAAUAUCGAGGCUUUUAAGGGGCCACGAUGGUGAUGAUUCAGCUUCGGAGAAAAAAGUUAGCGACGGCAAAACUUCAGACGGUUCAGACUGCGAUUCGGAACCGGGUAUACCAUUAAAACGCAAACAGCGUCGCAGCAGGACCACGUUUACUGCGCUGCAGUUGGACGAGCUAGAAAAGGCUUUUGAGCGCACCCAGUACCCAGAUAUUUACACCAGAGAAGAGUUAGCCCAGCGCACCAAACUGACCGAAGCCAGAAUACAGGUGUGGUUCAGCAAUCGGCGCGCGAGACUUAGAAAACAAAUGUCUAGCAACACCGGAAGUUCCACUCCAGGUUCCGGUGGCUACGGCAUGGGAUUGGCUCUCGGGUACUCACCGUCCGCUCAGCAGCAACAGAACCAACAGCAACAGUCGUCGGGCCCGAACUCAUCAUCUACGCCCGCUUACAUAAUGUCGCCGCAACAGUUGCACGAACCGUACAACACGACGCCGGACGGAUACAAAGAACCGGACGAUCAUCAUCAUCAGCAGCAGCAACAGCAACAGCAGCAACAUCAACAACAACAGCAACAGCAACAGCAGAUGAUCAAGGACGAACAUCAACAAAACAGCAUGAUGUACAGCGGUCUGGGUGCCACGUCAUUAAUCGACCACGAUAACAGGCCUCAUAGCAACAUCAGCACCGAAGCGGCAACGGCCACGUCGUACAUAGGAAUCGCUGGCGGAACGUACCCGACUACGCCGCUCUACACGUCCACGUCGUCACUGCUCACUUCUCAACAGAUGGGACAGUUGAACGGAAGCGGCCAGCUCUCACAGUUACACAUCGGCCCGGGCGGCGGCCAUCACCAGGCCUCGUCGCCGAACUUACUGUCGGCCGCGUCGCAGUCCUAUCAGAUCGGUUCGGCGGCCGCCAACUCAGCUCCCACGAUGAUCACGCACCAUCAGCUGUCUCCAGUGUCGGCUAACAUCACACUCAUGGGACAAUCCAACGGAGCGAACGGUGGCGACAGCCUGAUCACUGUGUCGUCGUCUGAACUGGUGUCGAUGCAGAGCCCGUCCAGCUGGUCGGCCCUGGCCAACCACCACGGCCUCGGCAUCGGCGGCGGUGGCGGCGUCGGCGGACACCAUCAGAUGCCACCCAUGAACCCGACCCGGAUAAGCCCUCAACCCACUCUCAUACCGACAGCUUGCAUGGGAGGCCAGAUGAGUCCCACUUCGGCUGCUUACUACCAGCCCCGACAGACGCAUCCGCCGUUCUACACGUGGUACUGAUCACCCCGGACGAUCCACCUCGUUCCGACGACUUUUCGGCGUUCUCUUCUAUACGGACGAAAACUGCGCCGCACGCAACCCACAACCCACAACCCACCACGUUUACCUGCAUAAUUUACGUUGCACUGCACCAUAUCAGUGUCGUCCACAUAAAAAAAAGAUUUUUCUCUCUCGAAUUUCUGCCUAUGUAGCUUGGCACGUUAUACGGUGAAGUGCGUCGUUCUUAUAAAUGCAUACUACACAGUACGCAUAGACAUAGGUAUCGAUUACCGGCGCAGUCUGUCGAUUAUAUAAUAAUAUUAUCAUCUUUGGCUGACGACAGGCGGACGGCCGGAAGCGCGUCUGUAGACGGAAGUCGUCCUGCAACGCGCAGAGUUGUUCUGGGAACUAUAGCGCACGUACAGCCAUAUACUAAUAAUUUAGUGACGAUUCGUAGCAGUAUAAAUAAUAAUUCCAUGUACAUAAAGCAAUAAUAUAUAAAAUAUCAAAAACCGUGUCAGGUCUUCUACAUAACAGAUCUUUCUGAAAAUCGGACGUGAAAUACAAAUACGACGUAUAAGAUGAAGAAAAACCAAAUUACUCGCGAACAAAACUACGGCUUUCUAUAUAUUAUAAGCCGUUUAUCUGCACUGCAACACGUCGCCGCGUACAUUUAUCAUAUAUUUUUGUAAUACUUUCGUCUAUAACAUCUCGGUAGGUACGUUUGAAAAUUUGUGUUGCACGUCGUUAAUAAUAUUUCUGCGGCGCGUACUGAUGCAGUAUUGAUAUUGUUAUUGUACAAUAACAAUAAGCUAUACGGAUAGUAGGCCAAGAAAUAAAACCUACCUGCCUAUACCUAUACUGGCUAUAACAUCAUAUGAAUAUGAUUUGUACUUAUACGAACGUUGCGUGGCGCCGCGGUGGAGGCCACGGCCAUUCGUCCAGAUAGGAACGUAUUCGUUUUAUCACAACUAUAAUAAUAUAGAUAAAUGAUAUUGUAAGAUCAUACAUUGUUGUAUAAUAAUGCAGUGGAUCGCGGUGACAAUAUAGUAUUAUAUUAUUAUUAUUGUGACGAAGAUAACUCAAAAGUGCCUCAAUGCCACAUUCCGAAUUGUAGUACGGCCGAUAUUAUUUGCUCUGUAUAUUAUUAUAAUGGUUGCUCGUGAGGGAUGUGCGUUAUGAUAAACUUACCUAUACACAGCUAUAAUACCUAUACAAUAUAAUAUAAUACAUGACACGACAUGCACACCUAUGUAUUACAUAUGGUGUUUCUAUUAUUAUACUGUUGCGGGUACGAUUAUUGUUGUCGGUAGUCGAUUUUCAGAAAUAAUAUUAUUAUGGUCGCCAGUGAUCGUCCCCAUGUGCGGCGGCGGCGGGUGAUCGAGGGAAGAGCAACAAACAAAUAAACAACCGUUAUAUCGUUUUGAUACUUGUCUUCCGGUCAAGUAUGCGGCGCGUUUAUGUGUGUUUGUAUAGGUAUUAUAAAUUAUAUUUAACAUCAGUAGGUACAAUACGAUUGUAGUAGGUAGUUAACAUGUGGUAAACGUCACGAAUUCUUUCAUCUCGCGCUCGUCUACCCACCCGCCCACCACCAAGCAGCAUUGUCGACGGGGACAACUCCCUUGCGAAACGCACCACGCUAUAAUUAAAUAGGUAUAGCUGACCGGUGACCAUUCGUGAUAAAAUAUAAUAUAAUAUUUAUGGUCGAAGCCCGAAGGAUAUGAGAAAAGUCAAGUUGUAUUAUUACAACUACCUAUAUACCUACUUAAGGGCUUCCCAAUAUGAUAUUAUUAUAAUAUGAUGUAACAUACAAAUACACGCGUGAAAUCGUUUCGAUAUAGGUUUAAGCCUCAAACUUAAAUAUUAUAAAAAUCGUUGUAAUUACAAAUACUAUAACAAUAUGUACAUAGCGUUUAAUUUUCUAGUUGGGUAGUCUAAAUAAUUUUUUGUAUGUUCCUUAUAUUCAUUAUAAUAAUAUGUAUAUAACAUUAUUUGUACACAAAUUAUUGCCUGUAAGGCAAUUUAAACCCGAUUCCUAUUUUUUUUUUAAAUUUGUAUUUUAAAUCUCUUUAAAAUUAAAACGCGAUUACAAUAGUAUAGUAAUUAAAUGAUAUUUGCAAUAUUUGCAAUUAAGUCGAUUUAUUAAAAUAGUUUAUGUUGAUAGAAAAAACAAAUUGAUAAAUAUACACAUAGCAAUAUUCAAAAAACUCAUGAAAAUAUCGUUUUAAAUUGUAUUGUAUAACAUAUAAAUAGCUUACACAAUGUGUAUAUUUUUGUUUAAAACUAUUCUGUUUUUAAUGUUUGUAUGUGUAAAUAAUCACGUUUGUUGAACGGUUCGAUCUUAUAAUACUUCAACACCGGUACACUGCGCGGAAUUUUUUGUACCUAUUGUUAAUUUUGUUGAUUUUAGCUAAUUUUGUAUCUUGUAUAAGCAGACGUCACGUUGUCAAUCAACAGUCGUCCUAAGUUUAAUUAUAUUUUUUGUCUAUAAAA